AUGAGUCAAGCGGACUCGGCCGUCCUCCAAUGCCUCUUCCCGAGUCUGCCAACCCAAGAUCCGUUCACGAUGUACGCCCUAUCGAUUCUCGAUCACCCAUUCCAAGUGCGGUGCUCAGGGUUCUCCAACAAAGUGAUGGGGAGAAAGAUCGACCCCAUCCCGGUUCUCCAGCUGUCAUAUUACGAUCCAGCCCAACAGAUCCAUGUCACAGAUGCCUCGGCCCUGUCUGAAGCUUCCAGAUUCGUUGUUUACGUCCAGCUCUUCUCUGAAGAUGGCAUGCAGAACCUGAGCAACGUCCUUAUUCCGCCCAACAGGCUCAACCGAGCCGCCCAUGCAAGCCCUCUCACGCCAGAGCCGACAACCUUCCAGUCGAAAUCCGAAAUCGCACCGGGCGCUGUUGAUUUCCCCAGAGUCUCUAGCGCGAGCUCGUCGGUCGUCAUGCAGGAGCAGGCCGGCACGCACCCAAGCCAGGUGGUGCCCAGCCUGUUUGGAACGCUGGUCUCCCCAAGCUACUUCACCCGCGACCUGGACCAGCGGCUUGGUGUCUAUUUCAUCUUUGGCGAUCUCUCGCUCCGCGUGGAGGGCACCUUCAGACUCAAGUUUCUGCUCUUUGAUCUCGCUGCGUCUCUGCCCAUCCCCGACAUGAACACGCCCUCCCGGCCGAUUGCAACCGUUCUAUCCAAUCCAUUCAUGUCCCAUAGCUGGAAAUCCUUCCCCGGGAUGAACCGAAUAUCACCUCUGACCCGACACAUCAUCAACCAGGGAAUCGUCAAGAUCAUUCGACGAGCCAACCUGACACGCGAUUGCGAUCAACCAGAGUGUCUGGCGUCCAGCCCGUAG